AUGAGCCGGACAGAGUCUGAGCAGGCUGCGGCGCGACCAGGAGCUGGGAGCGCCAGGGGCAGCGAGAGGCGGCCAGGGCAGCUCUGGCUGUGGAGGCUACUGCGGGAGCGCAACACGGGAGCCUGUCCCAGAAUCGCUCAAACUGCCUUUUCUGCAAACCCUACCAACCCAGCAGUUUUGUCAGAAGCUUCUGCACCUGUCUCUCAAGAUGGAAAUCUCUAUCCUAAACUGUAUCCGGAGCUCUCCCAAUAUAUGGGCCUGAGUUUAAAUGAAGAAGAAAUAUGUGCAAAUAUGGCAAUAGUCCCUGGAGCACCAAUUCAGGGGCAGUUGGUAGCAAGACCUAACAGUAUGAACUAUAUGGUGAUUCCUGUUACUGGUAAUGAUGUUGGAAUUUGUAGAGCAGAAAUUAAGCAAGGGAUUCAUGAAGUCAUUUUGUGUAAGGAUCAAGAUGGAAAAAUUGGGCUCAGGCUUAAAUCAAUAGAUAAUGAUAUAUUUGUUCAGCUAGUCCAGGCUAAUUCUCCAGCCUCGCUGGUUGGUUUGAGAUUUGGGGACCAAGUACUUCAGAUCAAUGGUGAAAACUGUGCUGGCUGGAGCUCUGAUAAAGCACACAAGGUGCUCAAACAGGCUUUUGGAGAGAAAAUUACUAUGACCGUUCAUGACAGGCCCUUUGAACGCACAACUACCAUGCAUAAGGAUAGUACUGGACAUGUUGGCUUUAUCUUUAAAAAUGGAAAAAUAACAUCCAUAGUGAAAGAUAGUUCUGCUGCCAGAAAUGUGCGCCAGGGUCUCGGCCCCAGAAAUGGUCUUCUCACGGAACAUAACAUCUGUGAAGUCAAUGGACAGAAUGUCAUUGGAUUAAAGGACUCUCAAAUUGCAGACAUACUGUCAACAUCUGGGACUAUAGUUACCAUAACAAUCAUGCCUGCUUUUAUCUUUGAACAUAUUAUUAAACGGAUGGCACCAAGCAUUAUGAAAAGCCUGAUGGAUCACACCAUUCCUGAGAUCUAAAAGUCAUGGCAUGAUGGAAACGUAGCUGAACU